AUGGACGAUGAGGAGGAAACAUACCGGCUCUGGAAGAUCCGUAAAACUAUCAUGCAGCUAUGUCACGACCGUGGUUACCUGGUGACCCAGGAUGAGCUAGACCAGACGCUGGAGGAGUUCAAAGCGCAGUUUGGGGACAAGCCGAGUGAAGGCCGGCCGAGGCGCACAGACCUCAUUGUGCUGGUGGCCCACAAUGAUGACCCCACUGACCAGAUGUUCGUCUUCUUUCCAGAGGAGCCCAAAGUGGGUAUCAAGACCAUCAAGGUGUACUGUCAGCGCAUGCAGGAGGAGAACAUCACCCGGGCUCUCAUUGUGGUGAAGCAGGGCAUGACCCUGUCAGCCAAGCAGUCUCUGGUCGACAUGGCCCCCAAGUACAUCCUGGAGCAGUUCCUUCAGCAGGAGUUGCUCAUCAACAUCACGGAGCACGAGCUGGUUCCCGAGCACGUGGUGAUGACCAAGGAGGAGGUGACGGAGCUGCUGGCCCUGCUGGCCCGAUAUAAACUCCAGGAGAACCAGCUGCCCAGGAUCCAGGCUGGAGACCCAGUGGCGCGGUACUUUGGGAUAAAGCGCGGCCAGGUGGUGAAGAUCAUCCGGACCAGCGAGACCACGGGCAGAGAAAGGGAGCACUUGUCCCCUGCAGGGGAUGGGACUCGGAGGAGUCUCAGUGUCACGUCCUGA